AUUCCAGGACACACCUCGUGUGGUAAAAGAUUUUCUGACACAACGAGCCUAUUUCGUCGCAUUGUGGGAGGUACUCAGAGUGCACAGGGCGCAUGGCCAUGGCAAGUUGCUCUGCUCUUCAAUCAGACACAGUUCUGUGGAGGCUCCCUUAUCUCUCCUCACUGGGUUGUAUCGGCUACCCAUUGUUUCCACGGUAAGUAAACUCUUGCACAUAAGGAGCGGUUAAUUUCCAGAAUGGCUCAAGUUUCAUAUUUUUUCCGAUUGGAUGGUCUAAAGACAAACAGUAAAACAAGAGACAAUUUUUCUCAUGGUACAAUUUCCAAUUAAAAGUCUAAAAUAAUCCGUCACCGCAUUGGUUUUGCUAUACUUUGCUAUGUGAUUGGUCCAGAAAACCUCGCGCUGUUCUCUCAGCCAAUCAGCUGCCAAACUAAAACCAAUCGCAACCUGGUGACUCGUUUUUUCCCGCGCUUUAUACAGUUUGCUCGUUUUUACUUUUCGUUCUCGUUGGCUCUUUGGGUUAUUUUCCUUUCCUCUCAUUGGCCGUUGUGAUUGCUUUGGUUUUACGACACUCAAUCGAAGAGCGUUCUAAAAGCCAUUUCGGAAUUUACAUUCUUGGAGACACCGAAAACUUACAAAUUCAUAUUUUCUUAGAAGUCUUAAGCCAUGAAAAUAAAUUUAUCAACAAUGUAAACUUUUUGGUAUAAAAAAGCUCUCGAAAGGAGGACUUGAAAGUACUUUUUUUGCGAAAAGGUGAUUAUAUCUUGUAUUCAUCAGAAGAAGUCAGAGUUACAGGGCGCACACACAGGAUUAUGUGAAUCUUCUGUUGUCAGAAGCGCUCAGUUUCUUCUCAUUCCAAGCUGCGAUGUCUAGACUACGAAUAGGACCCCAUUUUAGGCGAAAUCCGUCACGCAAGUAAAAAAAAUUCAGUUAAAAAGAAGCAAUGUUAGCACGCCGCGCGGAACAACGGAAGUGAGGCUUUUCUUGCGCCUCACUUCAGAGUUCCGUACUGCGCGCUAACACCAUAUUUUUUUCACUUACUUUCUUUCUUAACUCGUGCGAGGAAUUUUGCCGAAAAGCAGGGGACUGCUCAUGGUGUUUGUGAUGUCGUGCCUGUAUUUGUUUUACCAUUUUUCCGAUUUUAUUUUCUUAAACUUGUUUCCAUUAGAUUCUUAUACAUCUACAAAGCCAUCAGACUGGAAAGCGGUCCUCGGCGAACAUCAUUUGGUUGACAAAGAAGUAUUUGAGCAGAGCAGAGAAAUCGAAUCAAUUUACCUUCAUCCAAAGUACAAGUCAAUGUUCCUUGAAGGGAUUUACGAUACACCUCCUGAUUAUGAUGUGGGUAAGUCACAUGACACUUAAGACUCUCAUACACUGUUAACAACCGGAAUUAAGGAACCGGUCAUUAUUUAUCCGGGGAAGGAAUCAGAGAAUUUUGGUUGUACUAUAGUAAAAUUUAGCUGAUCCCCCCUAAGACUCUGUUGUAUUCUAAUAACUCUGAUGACCCCCACGCCCUUAAUUGACAGUCAAUUUUCGAUAUUAAUCUCUUUAUUCUCUGUUAGGGAUGACUGUUUUUCCCUUUGUUCCCUCUGGAAACUAUGCGAUCCCCCCAAAGUCUUCCGCGGCACCCCCCGGAGUACAUAUCACUCCCUUUCUACUUUUCAACAAUUAUCUGUUUUCAAGGGCGCUUAAAGGACCACAGGUGGCGCAAAACGUUUCUGAUGAUGACAUGUCAGGUUGAAACAUAUAUCUUCAUAUAGUGCUCUGUUAGUGACUGACUGAUUCCCUCCUCCCUUCUUACGAACACCGUGUGAUCCCCCUAAUAAUGAAUGGUCCUUCAGUUUUCUUUUUCUGUUCUUGCAUGUAUUUGAAUGUAUUUUCUGUAUUAUUUCCUUAUAUCUGUAUUAUUUUCAGUACGAUUAAGUUAAGUUGAAAAUUAACCCACCUCGAUUACCAUCUGCAAUCUGCAGGACAAAGAAAUAUUCUGGAUGAUAAACAUGAGAAAAUAAAUAAAGUAUGUAAGAGUGUAAUGGUCUCCUCGUUCGGAAUUAUGCUUAUGGAUUUUUUUGUUAUAUUCAAAAUCAACAACAAAAACAGCUAAGUUGUUUUUCUUUUAUAACUGUUGUUCGUUUAUUUUUAUAUGGACAGCCCUACUUCGUCUAUCAGAGCCUGCAAUCUAUGAUCAGUACGUUUCUCCAAUUUGUCUUCUUCGCCCAUCGAUGAAAUUCCCUUGGGGAAAGGAAUGCUAUGUGACUGGUUGGGGCCACACCCAAUGGAACAGCGCCCAACCUGAUAUUCUGCGCGAAGCCAAGGUUCGCCUGGUUCCACCGCAAAUUUGCAAUAGUGUCAAAUCUUACAACGGAACCGUCCAUAACAGGGCUCUAUGCGCUGGAUUCGAGAAAGGAGGCGUCGAUGCUUGUCAAUACGACAGUGGAGGUCCUCUGGCUUGCAAGCAUCGCGGGCGCUUUUAUCUCACAGGGAUAGUUUCCUGGGGGCACGAAUGUGCGCGACCGCACAAAUAUGGUGUGUACGCUAAUAUGUUCAAAGUCACUAAGUGGGUAGAGGAAGUGAUGGGUACAUAUGGCUUCGUAGAGAUCUAG